AUGGCGGCGGCGGUGCAGCAGGCCCUGGCGGGGGCAUGGGUCCAGGAGUGGGUGGAGGUGGGGAUGGGUGGCACGACGACGAGGCUGCGCUCACUGAGUUCCUCUCAUCCCUCAUGGACUACACCCCCACGCCCUGAUGCUUGGUUUGGUGGUGCGGAAGAUUCCCGACGAGCUGGUGGAGCACUACCCCGGCCGCAGCGGGUUCCACUGCCCCGACCUUCGCCUAACAAGACUGGUUGCUGUAGCCAUCCAGAAGUUCCUUUCGGACAUCGCUAG